UCAACCAACGUAAUCUAGCAAGGAAGCAGCUUUUUUAGUUAUCGGAAAUAAUAAUGGCUGCUAUCCGACUUCUCUAUUGUUUUCAACGCGGUCCAGUCGACAUUGCAGGGUCACAGAUGCCCCAGUCUUUUCUUUGAAGAAUCCUUUUCUUCUGAUCCUCUCCCGGUUGAUCUUAUUCCUCGUUACUGAAAUCAUGUCUGGCUCGAGGGACAUACCAGCCAUCGAGGGCCCCGGGAUGGGCGCGAUGAGGCUUCCCAUCGGGAUGACCCGACGAGCCCUCAGCUACGACGAUAACCUGGAGGCCCCCAUGUCCACGCCGCCCCACGACAUCAGCAUCAACAACCUGUGGAGACGACCAAUCAUACCGGAGAGGAAGUUCUCCCGCCUGGCUGAG